AUGGCAUUGACUGCGUUCUCCUCUCCUCUCCACCUCUCAGGCGCAUCCAACGUCGACGCCGUGGUCAAUAUGCGGAAGGUGACCCAUCAGACCAUUAGCGAGGAGCUGUCCAAAACCGUUCUCCUCCCCUGCCUCUUCACCCUCCGCCCCAGUGCCGGUUCCUCCCACGAGCCCCCCAGGAUCAAGUGGACCAAGGUUUGGGGCCAGAGAGGCUCCGACGGACAGCAGAAGGAGCAGUCGGUCCUGGUGGCCAAAGACAACGUGGUCAAGGUGAAGAAGGCCUUCCAGGGUCGUGUGACGCUGCCUGGUUACAAUGGCAACCGCUACAACGCCAGUCUUGCUUUGUCAGGGCUACGUUCGAGCGACUCUGGUCUGUACCGCUGUGAGGUCGUGGUGGGCAUCAGUGACGAGCAGGACACAGUUCCCCUGGAGGUCACAGGUGUGGUGUUUCACUACCGGGCCCCACACGACCGCUACGCCCUGUCCUUCGCCGACGCCAAGAGGGUGUGUGUGGAGAACUCGGCCGUCAUCGCGACGCCGGGCCAGCUGCAGGCCACCUUCGCCGACGGAUACGACAACUGUGACGCCGGCUGGCUGUCUGACCAGACUGUGCGGUAUCCCAUCCAGUCGCCUCGGCCCGGUUGCUAUGGCGAUCGGGAGGACUCACCUGGAGUCCGUAACUACGGCGAUAGGUCCCCCGACGAGCUGUUUGACGUCUACUGCUUCGCCAAGCAGCUUCAAGGGGAAGUCUUCCACUCCUCGAUGCCGGAGAAGUUGAGCCUGGCCACGGCCUCCACCCACUGCCAUUCCCUGGGAGCCCAGCUGGCCAACGUCGGGCAGCUCUACCUCGCCUGGCAGGCCGGCCUGGACCAGUGCGACCCCGGCUGGCUCGCCGACGGCAGCGCCCGCUACCCCAUCAACGUGCCGCGGAAGAACUGCGGCGGAGACGAGCCCGGGGUGCGGACCGUCUACAACAACGCCAACCGCACCGGUUCCCCCGACACCGAGGACCUGUACGACGCCUUCUGCUACCGAGCCCUCCAGCCGGCAGGCGUCCAGGCUGCGGAGGCACGGGCUUUGUACCAGGCCCCCGACCCCGCGGCAGAGCCUGUCUCCUCGGUGACCGAAGCCCGGCUUCGCGGUGAACCUUUUCCCAAGACCUCCAACUGGACCGGAAUCAACAACUCCUCCGAGAUCCCCGAAGAGCACGUCGUCGUCCACCUCGGGCCGGAGGAGGGCCGGGGGGGGAAACGGGAGGAGUCUGACGGCACGCCGACGAGCGACGCCGUGGGCCUCGCCGACCUGGAGAGCCACGGAGGCUCGGCUCAUGAGGAAGAAGACGGCGGCUAUUUUGGAUCGUCCCCGACGUUAUCAACCACGGCCUCUUCGACUCCCCAGUCUCAGACGAGUAACAGCGUGUUGGCUGAGUUUGUUAACACUCUGAUGAAGCCCUUCAGGUACUGGAGAGGGGGUGGGGAGGUGGAGGAGACGAACAAGGGCCCGUCGUUGGCUGAGGAAACAGCCGGGGAGAACCAGACGCACGGAGAAGCAUCCGGCGGGAACCUGAGUUUACCGAAACCGAGUGGGAACAAGGGCAGCGUGGACAAUGCCAUCAUGGAGCACAGGAGUGGUAGUUCCUCCUUCAGGACUUCUACCAGCGGACCACAGAACCCAGAGGAAGGUCUGUCCGAGCGGGAGAAAGAGGUGACGCCUCUGAUUCGAUUGGUGCCUGCAGUCCAAAGCCCGGGGCAAAACGACACCCACUCUCAGCCAGGAGAACCAUCCUCCAGCACGUCUGCCCACCAUCCGCCGUCCAACGGUACGAGCUCAACCUCCACUGGAUUCACCGAGACGUCACCGCCCGGUGAACACGUCGACGUGUCCGGUCCUCAGGGUACAGGCCCGGCUUCGGCUUCGCCUCCGGCUCCCGCCCCCGGCAGCCGCUUUCGGUGGGCCAUCAAAUCCAUGGGCGGAGGCUCUAACCUAGGCCCCCGUGGAAACGUGGCCUACGUGGGCGAACGCCCCACCUGGGGGCCCAUGGAAGCCAAAGCGGGGCCCCUCGAGGUGAUGACCUUGCCCACCGCCCUUCGACAGGACAACCCGGAAAACUAUUCAGGCCAGGGGAAGGACCAGGAGGGAGAGGACGCCAACUCUCCGUCGGACGCCAGAACGGCAUCGGGGGAGGAGAAGGAGACGGAGGGGAGCAGCGAUGGGAGCAACUUCCCUGGCGGGUUUGGAGUGAACGCAGAAAGCAGUCCUGGAACUAAGUCUUCGCUCGGCCAAAGCCAGACUGAGCUUGUGACUGUGGCAGAGCACACGACUCUGUCCCGGUGGCAGCUAGUGCGACAGCCCACCACCCCACCUCGGGGCUCCCUGGAGCCGGACACAGCAGAGGAAGCCCGGGGAGAGAUCCUCUACGUCCACAGGCCAACCGGCGACCUCCCCUCGGCUCCCUCACAAAGAGGGGAAAGUAGUUCAGGUUUCACUCCUCAUUUUAAGAAGCACAGCGAAGACACCAGCAGGAAGGAGGCGGCCACUUCCACACCCGGAGCCCUUAUGGAGGCGGCGACGACCUCCGAAGUGACCGCGGCGGAGCUCCUGACAACCGGAGACCCGCAGAGGACGGAUCCCGUCACCACAGCGACCGCCACGGAAAUCUCCUCGGCGGGCGCCACCACCGAGGAGCCGUCUAUUUCCAUUUCAUGGGUUCGGGAAGAGAGGGGGAAAACAACGCCCGACCUCUCAGCUACUGCGGCACCCAGCGACGGAUCUCAAACCGUCGCGGUUCAGCCGACCGCUUUCGCGUCGGGCUCCAACGUCGGCGCCACAGAAAUGGAAUCCAGGUCCGCGGUGUCGGAGUCCUUCGUGGUCGGGAGCCGGUGGACGCCUUUCAAAACCGCCAGCGUCAGCCCAAAGUCCGACGAGCACAAAGCUCCGGUGUCGAAGGACGGCAAAGAUGCGAGCAACCCUUUCGGGAUCCUCGUACCCAACUGGGCCUUCGGGCUCGCCCCAUCAGUGGAGAGCGACCCGUGCCACACCAACCCCUGUCUCCACGGAGGGAGCUGCCUGCAGGAAGGUGACGGCUAUAGCUGCUACUGUCCUCAGGGCUUCUCUGGAGAGAGCUGCGAGAUCGACAUCGACGACUGCCAGUCUAAUCCAUGCCAGAAUGGAGGAACCUGCAUCGACGAGAUCAACUCCUUUGUGUGUCUUUGUCUGCCCAGUUACGGAGGAGCCACCUGCGAGAAAGACACGGAGGGCUGCGAGCACACGUGGAGGAAGUUCCACGGCCACUGCUACAGGUACUUCAGCCGGAGACACACCUGGGAGGACGCCGAGAAGGACUGCCGGGAGCACAGCGGCCACCUGGCCAGCAUCCACAGCCUGGCCGAGCAGAACUUCAUCAGAGGUCUGAGCCAUGACAACACGUGGAUCGGGUUAAACGAUCGUACGGUGGAGGACGACUUUCAGUGGACCGACAAGAUGGACCUGCAAUAUGAGAACUGGCGUGAAAACCAGCCGGACAAUUUCUUUGCCGGAGGAGAAGACUGCGUGGUCAUGAUCGCUCACGAGAACGGCAAAUGGAACGACGUGCCCUGCAACUACAAUCUGCCCUACGUCUGCAAGAAGGGAACAGUGCUUUGCGGAGCCCCGCCCACCGUGGACAACGCCUUCCUGAUUGGUCGGAAGCGCUCCCACUACGACAUCCACUCUGUGGCUCGCUACCAGUGCGCCGACGGCUUCCUGCAACGCCACGUGCCCACUGCCAAGUGUCGCGCCAACGGCAAGUGGGACCGGCCUAAAAUCAUCUGCAUAAAAUCCCGACGAGCCCACCGCUACCGGCGCCACCACCACAAGGGCAGGAGGGAGCGCAGGAAGCACAUGAGGCAGCACGGCCACAGAGGGGGCGGGCGCCACGGAGGAGAGCUGGGCCACGGCCACGCCCACAACCGCAACCACGGCCACGUCCACGUCUGA